AUGAAACGAAUGCUUGGUAAAUCUGCUGCUAAUGAAAGUACCGAUGGUGAUUGGACAUUGGUCGGUGACCGUGUGGCUCUUGAACCUGGGAGAUACAAUCUUUGUCCCGAGAUGAAGUUCUUUGCAACCCCACCGGUUCAUGGCUCUUUAGCCAACCAAGUGGUUCACCCUGCGGAUCUAUGCUUCAAGUUGUCUGAGAAUGUGAGUUUGGAAGAAGGCGCAAUGUGUGAGCCACUAAGUGUUGGUGUACACGCUUGUCGCCGAGCUGAGGUUGGUCCUGAAACAAAUGUAUUAGUAAUGGGAGCUGGACCUAUUGGUCUUGUCACUAUGUUGGCUGCUCGAGCUUUCGGUGUGCCUAGAAUAGUUAUUGUGGAUGUUGAUGAUAACCGUUUAACCGUAGCUAAACAGCAUGUCGCAUAUGGGAUUGUCAAAGUGACAACAAGCUUAAAGGUUUCUACACUUUCUUGGAUAGAUCAAUCCUUUAUUAUGACAAUGUGA